AUGCGCUCAAGAGCGCAUAUCCCAAUGCACUUAAAUUUAGAGGGUAUCGAAAGGCUCUAUAAUUACCAAACUUGUUGGAAUCGACAGGCAGGACGCAGAACUGAAAACUCUCUCAGGGAAGCGUGGCAGCAUAUCACUAGACAGUUGCACGAGGAUCUCUUGGAACUAAAGUAUCUAAGACAUCGCCAGCGCAGCAUUGACCUUUGUGAACUGCAACGAGUCCAGCUUGAAUACUCUCUGGGCCUCUGCACGAAUUAG